AUGUACCGGCAGGGCCUCCGCCCGGCCACGCCGCCGUACGCGGGCAGCGGCGGCAGCAGCGGCGGCGGCGGCGGCUUCCGCAGCCCGCCCGCCGGCCCUGUGCCGCCCUCGCCACGCGGCUACGGGAGCCCCCACCACACGCCGCCCUUCGGCCCCCGGCCCGGGCCUUACGGUGGUGGCGGCCACCUCUCGCCGCGAGGCUUCCGUGGCGGCGGGCGCUUCGGGAGCCCUUCGGCGGGGGGCCAGACGCCGUGCAGGCCGCAGAACGCCAGCCCCCGCUACGCGGUUCCCUACGGCGGCAAAUCCCCGGCCGGAGCUGCCCAGCACCCGCAGCAGCACAGGCGUUCGCCCGGGGGCUACCAGAGGCACCACCAGGGAUCACCCAGGACAUCUACUCCAUUUGGUACAGCGCAUGGCAGAGAGAAAAGAGUGUCUAAUGAUGUGGAAAACUAUUACAGACCUUCAAUGCUUGAGGACCCAUGGGCUGGCCUAGAGCCAGUUUCUGUUACAGACAUAAACCAACAGUACAGCAGUGAGCGAGCAACAUAUACUGGUAAAAAAGGGAGGUAUUUCAGUUAACAGUUUUUAAGGCCAAAUAACUCCAUCUUGUCAGGAAAACUUUGGGACAAAGUCUUUACACUUAAUACAAGAUGAACAGUAUCAAGACCUCAGUUUAUGCUUUUAUUUGACCACACGUCCACCCUUUUAUCCAACUCUUUUUUUAUUUCAUCGGAUAUUUUUAUGUAUGGGAAGGGAAAAGGAGUGGUAGGAUAACUUACGUUUCUGGCUACGUGGAAGUGCCUACCAGCUUUGAGGAACAAAGUGUUCUUUAAUCACCAGCGACUGAUUUGUGACUGUUAAAACAGGUUUUCAUAUACUUACCUCUUCCAUGCCAGAUUGUUAGCCUUUUAUUGUUAACUUCUUUAGGAAAUGGUAUUUUUUUUAUGUUUCAACAUUUUUAGAGUGAAAUAACUUGGAAAUACAAUAAAGUUUUGUAAAUCCUUGUUUUGUAUUGUAUAAAGAUUAUUUUAGKACUUUUGUUAAGGUGUACUCGAAGAGAAAUAGUACUAGUGAAAUUAGGUGAAUUCUGUAAAUGUGUUUGUAUGCUCUAGUUCUGAUUUUCGUGUACAGURUUUUUUUUGUUAAUUCUAGUGUAAACCGAGUGAAAUAUGACUUUAAGCCAUCUCAGGAAACACAUGUAUUGUCUUGGAAAGUUUUAAUUUGUUAAACCAGMUUUGGAAACAUAAACAUAAUUCUGUAAUUACUGAGUUUUGUAUUUUAAAAAAAUUAUAUUUGGAACAGAAGUAGACAUAUCUUGACCAGAGUAAAACAAAGUCUGUUUAGUGUUAGUCUCUUUUAAGUUUAACCAACACAUAAAACAUCAGAUUUAAAUAAAUGCAACUGUGCUUUCUGGACUGAACUUUUUAGAAUAGCAUAGAAUGAAUCAAACUUUGUUAAACAAAUGAUGGUGGUACAUGUGUAGCAUCUUAUUUUUAUUGAUUUGUAUCAGGAAUUUUCAAUUUUGCUUUUAACUUUUACCUGUGACUGGCAUCUUUGCCUAGAGGAGUCUUGUUGUAUGUGUGUAACACACUUGAGCGUGUUGAAGAAAACAAAAGCUUCUUGUUUUUAGGACUUGCCUAUAUGUGCAUAAGAUCCAUUCUUAAACCCACCAGUGGUCACUAUAUUUGUAGAAUAAAUAGAAAUAGUUCGAACUCAGGACAUAGUCUUAACAUGGCAUGUUAAAUCUGCAAUAGAUAGGAGUAUUCUGAAAGUACCAGGAUUUUACACAGCAGGUGGAAGCUAAKUUAAAAAAAAAUAAUAAUUCAGUUUUCAAACAUACAUGUUUUGUCUUUAGCUUCU